UGUGAAUAUAUUGGUCACAUUUGAUCAUUCCCUUGCAAAGAGAGCUUCGUGCUGAGGGCAGGACUGGAGGCUGGCACUGGUGUGGCCUGGCAUAGAUCACCAUUGUCCUGCCCCUCCUUGAGGAACAGGGCCCAGAGCCCUCCUCCACCACCAGAUAGUCCAAGAGAGACCCCUGUCUCAGAACCCUCAUUUCUCCAAAUCUACAAGUACCUUUGUCCUGGGAGGUCUUCAGGACAUGGGUCCUACUGCAUGAGUCCAAUUGUGGUCGCCUGUCCCAUUUUUUUUCCUGGCCAGGUCAGGUUGCAGGUAAUCCCUGACAUCUAAUCUUUGUGGGGUGCAGGUAUUGACCACAGGGAGAAACCAGAGAGCUCUCGCCCCACUGCCAGGUUUAGGCAUAGGGCAGGGUCUCAUCCAAAGCCACCACUAACACCUCCUUGGAAAUGAAAAUAUUAGUCCAGAUUCAGCUCCCAGAAGUUUUUAACCGGGUCUGGCCUGGGUGAGAGCCUUCAGUAUUUCAUUUUAUUCAUUGCUUUUGGUGUCAUAUCUGGUAGUAUUCAGCUUAUUCCUGGUUCUACACUCAGGGAUCAUUUCUGGAGGAGUUCAGGGAAUGUAUAAGGUUCCAGGGAUUGAACCCAGGUUGGUGGCAUACAAGGCAAGCAUUGUAGCUGCUGUAGUAUUGCUUCAGUCCCUAUUACAUUUUUGUUUGUUUGGGUUACAAUUUAAGAUGGAACCAAGGCAUCAAUUCCUCCCUGCACCCCACCCCACACUGCACAGCGGAUCCUCUAUUGGGGUUGGCCUGGAAGGGCACCCAUGUGUCAGAAUUCCCAGAACACCCCCAGAUUCUCUAGCACCAUGUUCCAUGUGGACUUCACUACCCCUCUCACAGUGGCUGUCAGUCCAUUGAUAUUCUCAGUUCAUACUAACUGGAUGAAUGUGUAGCUGCCUGCAUGGCUCAUGGCCAUCUUAGAAUAGGUAGCAGAUAGUUUGUGCUCUCACUCUGCUGAGCCCAAGAAAGGGCAAGAAAACUGUAGUUGUCUCACCUUGUGCAUAUGUAUGUCCAGGACCACUCAGAUCCCCUUGUAUCUCACUACUUUUCUUCCCAGCCCUCUAUUCCGGUGGACGCUCAGCCAGGAGGAAGGAUGCCAGCAACACGAGGGCGAUCCAAGGCGAAGGCAUCAGUGACAUUUGGGGAUCUGGCCAUCUACUUCUCCCAGGAGGAAUGGGAGUGGCUGAGUCCCAUUCAGAAGAAACUGUAUGAAGAUGUCAUGUUGGAAAACUACCAGAACCUGUUCUCUGUGGGACUUGUUUCUCGAAGGCCAAAUGUGAUUACUUUACUGGAGAAGGGGAAGGCGCCAUGGAUGGCAGAGCCAUUGAGAAGAAACAGGGGCUCAGACUCAGGCUCUAAAGGUGGGACCAAGAAGUUACCUUCAAAUCAUUGCAGCAAAGAUGGGCAAAACAUCUGUCAAAAACCAGUUUCUGUACUACAGAAAGUUUCCACGAGAAAGAAAGACUGCAAAAAAAAUUCUGUUCAAUUAAAACCUAAGAAAGUUCAUUCAGGGAAGAAAUCUUUAAAAUGCAGUGACUGUGGGAAAACAUUUAGUAAUAGUUUAUCUCUUAAACUCCAUCAGAAUUCUCAUACUGAAGAGAAGCUUUAUGAAUGCAGUAAUUGCAGAAAAGCUUUCAGACAGAUAUCAUCCCUAAUUAUUCAUCAGAAAAUUCAUAGUUUAAGGAAAUUUCAUGAAUGUGAUAAAUGUGGGAAAAACUUUAUUCAAAGAACAACUCUCAUUCUACAUGGGAAAACUCAUAAUGGAAGAGAAACUGAGUGUGGGGUGACUUUGAGUCACUCAUCUCUUGCUGUACCUCAGAAAAUUCAUGUGGUUGAGAAUGCCCACCAUUGUAGAAAAUGUGGGAAAGCCUUCACUCAUAAGUCAUCUUUUUUACUGCAUAAGAAAGUUCACAGUAGAAAGAAAACACACAAGUGCAAUAAGUGUCGAAAACGCUUCAAUAAGAAAUCAAUACUUGUUAGACAUAAAAGAUGUCAUACUGGAGAGAAAACCCCUGAAAAAGAAAAAGCCUUAAGUCAGAAUCUACAGAAGAAAACUCUCCAAUUCGAGAAUCCUUAUAAAUGCAGGAAAUGUGGGAAAUCCUUUAGUAGGAUUUCAUCCAUUGUGCUUCAUCAGAGAACUCACAUGUCAGAGAAAUCCAUUAAAUGUUAUAAAUGUAAGACGACCUUCAAGCGACUUUCAACCCUUAUUCUACACCUAAGAACUAAAACCUGCAAGAAAGUAUAUGAAUGCAAUAAAUGUGAGAAGAUCUAUAAUCGAUACUCAUCCUUUAUUCAACAUCAGAAAAUUCAUGCAAGGAAAAAGAAACUGUUUGAAUGUAAGGAAUGUGGGAAGAUGUUUUCUGGAACUGCAAACCUUAAAAUACAUCAGAACAUUCAUUCUGAAGAGAAGCCUUUCAAAUGCAACAAGUGCAGUAAAGUGUUUGGUCGCCAAUCUUUUCUUAUUGAGCAUCAAAGAAUUCAUACUGGAGAAAAACCUUAUCAGUGUGAGGACUGUGGGAAAGCCUUCAGUCAUCGAAUAUCUCUUACACGACAUAAGAGGAUUCACACUGAAGACAGACCAUAUGAAUGCGAUCAAUGUGGGAAGGCCUUCAGCCAGAGUGCACACCUUGCCCAACACGAAAGAAUUCAUACCGGAGAGAAGCCGUACACAUGUAAAACAUGUGAGAAGGCCUUUAGUCAACGCACAUCCCUUAUUCUACAUGAAAGAAGUCACACCGGUGAGAAGCCCUAUGAAUGUAAUGAAUGUGGAAAGGCAUUUAGCAGUGGGUCCGAUCUUAUCCGGCAUCAGCGCAGUCAUUCUUCUGAGAAACCCUAUGAAUGCAGUAAGUGUGGGAAGGCUUAUAGCCGGAGCUCUUCCUUGAUUCGACAUCAGAAUUCUCAUUCUGAAGAAAAAGCCUAAGGUCACUUUAAAUAAAUAAAAUCAAAGAGUGAGGCUGUAAAAAAAGUUGGUGGCCACAGAAGCAUGGAAAAUGCAAAUUUUAACACUUUGUUAAAAUGGGAUUGUUUGACAAUAUG